CCCACGAGCUACCUUAUAUCCUCAUUUCAUUUCUUUCUCUUUUUAUCUUCGAACAUUUGAUCCACAAUCUUAUUUUUGUUACCAAAAAAUAACAAAUCACAAAAAUGGUUCUUGAAACAUGGCUUUUCAAAGUCAAGAAAACCAUAUCCCAUAGCUUUGAUUCAAUUCAUGUUACAACACCACCACCAUCCAAAAAAAGUACUUGUGUAACCAAGAGAUCAAAAGUUGGUGUUUUGGCAUUCGAGAUAGCCGGAAUCAUGCCAAAACUCACCCACAUGUGGCGAUUCCUAUCCGACGAGAAUAUGGACCAUCUUCGUAACCAUUCAAUAUGUCUAGAAGGGGUCCGAAAACUUGUUUCAAACAAAGAUGCUUUCUUGCUUGGCUUAGCAUGUGCGGAAAUGGUUGAAAAUCUUAGAAUCGUGGCCUUGUCUGUCUCGCGCCUUAGUAAAAGGUGCGAGGACUUGAGUCUGGCUGGCUUUGAGACCACGUUAGAUGCAUUUGCCAACACGGGUCAUGACCCGUGUGGCUGGGCUUUAAAUUUGAAAGAUAUGGAAAUUAAGAUUAAGAAAAUGGAAAGAUAUGUUGCAACUACAGCUGCACUUUAUAGAGAGAUGGAUGAGCUAACAAUUAUAGAGAAUAAUAUAAAGAAAUCAUUGAAUUCAAAAAAGGAUCAUCAUCAUCAUGAUCAAGAGGUGAUCAACACUUGUAAGCAACAAAAGAUUCUUGAUCUUCAACAAAAACUCAUUUGGCAAAAACAACAAAUUAAGUAUGUAAAAGAGAAAUCCUUAUGGAAUAGAAGUUUUGAUUCAAUAACUUCAUUAUUAGCCACAUCAAUCUUCACAAUUCUUUCAAGAAUCAAGAUUGUUUUCGGUAUCACUCAAAAUUAUCCAGCCUCUCUGCCUCGUAGCCUCUCUGCCUCAGCCACUGUCUACCCAUCUGAUCAAACUUCAAAUUCGUGGCACGUCUCGUUGAUCAAAAGCACAAAACAUCAAGAAAACAAAGAAAUCUCACUUGGGUUUUUUGAAAUAAACUCAAAGAUACUAAAACCAUUAUCUAAUACUUUAGGGGCAGCUGCUUUAGCUUUGCAUUAUGCAAAUUUGAUCAUUGUGAUGGAAAAAAUGAUAAGAUCACCUCAAUUGGUUGGUCUUGAUGCAAGAGAUGAUCUUUAUUCAAUGUUACCUAAUAGUAUUCGAUCUUCUUUAAGGGGUCGAUUAAAAGGUAUUGGGUUCACAGCAACUGAUCCUGUUCUUGCAGGGGAAUGGAGAGAAGCUUUAAAUAAGAUUUUAGGAUGGUUGUCACCAUUAGCACAUAACAUGAUCAAAUGGCAAAGCGAAAGAAGUUUUGAACAUCAAAAUCGUGUCCCAAAAACGAACGUUCUUCUUCUAAAAACGUUAUAUUUCGCGAAUCAGGAGAAAACUGAAGCUGCAAUUGCUGAGCUUUUAGUUGGUUUGAACUACAUUUGGAGGUUUGAAAGAGAGAUGAAUGCUAAAGCUUUGUUUAAUUGCAGUAGUCCAGUUAAGUAAACUGCUUGUUUUUUUGUUUUGUUUUUUUUUUUUUUUUUUUUUUGUAUUCUUGUAUAGAUUAGUAUCGUUGAGUUUAUGAUAUCGAUCCGUAUUUAGAUUAACUGAGAUUGGGCUAAUGCAGAUCUGCAAGGAUUUGUUUUAGCUUCCUAAAAUGAUCUGUAUAAAGUAAUACAUUACUUAUAAUGUUUAUGAAUGAUAUGGUUGAGUUGAUUUUUCACAAA